AUGACCCUACCCAAAGGCGCCCAUGUAUCUUCGAGAGCGGAAGGCAAGCAACGUGCCCGAGACGAGGGCACCGGUGGUGCUGGUGGCAUGGUGCUUAACCUUGAGAUGGUGGCCACGAGCUACAAUUCAUUUGCCUACGUCGUGCCCGUGUUAGUAGGUUCGGCUCAGCAAAACCUUUCCCUCCAGGUUGAUACGGGCUCCUCGGAUCUUUGGAUCGCAUCAAAAUCGUGUUCCACGGCAUCGUGUUCAUCCACAGAUGGUCGCCUAUACGAUCCGACCUCCUCGACGCCAACCGGUGCUAGCUUUACCAUCGAUUACCUCUCCGGAACCGUCAGCGGGCCCAUAGUAUGGGAUACGGUCCAGCUUGGAACAUACAGCCUGCAAAACCAGGCGUUGGCCGCUGCCACCUCGAUAUCCAACGAGCCCCUUAGCUUAGAUUUUGAUGGCAUCCUCGGUCUUGCUCUUCCCCUCAAUUCGGUAAUUGAACAAGCGGUCCCCCCGGCUACGGACAAUAACCCAGACGGCGCAUCGUUUUCCUCGAAUCUCUUUUCCAUGACCCCCGCCUCCACAGCUCCCUCACAGCCGUUCUUCUCCCUCACUUUUGCCCGUCCUGGCUCGGAUGAAAUUCCAUCACUUCUCGGAAUCGGUAUGCAUCCUUCGUCCGUCGUUCCAGAUCCCUCGAAAAUCAACUAUUCGACGCUUGUGAGCCAGGGUGUUGGCACAUUGUUCUGGAAAACGAAUCUUCGAGCCAUCACAGUCUACGUAAAUGGUCAGGCGCGUCCUGUGUUACUAACAGACUCUGUUACUGGCGCUGCUUUCCCCACUGCGUUACUCGACUCUGGCGUGCCGUUGAUCAUCACAACAUCGUCCAUCGCAAACGGAAUAUAUGGCGCACUGGGCAUAAGUCCAGCCUCAGAUGGUAAUUACUAUGUCCCCUGUACAACGCCACUCAACAUGACUAUUACUCUUGACGGCCAACCCGAGCUACCCAUCCACCCCCUUGACCUCACCAACGAGCCGUCUGGGCAGCACAACGCACAGUACUGCAUCGGCCUUAUACAAGCUGACGACUCACAACUUACCGCCACUUCCCAAAUCGGGGACAUGGUCCUCGGUGUUCCUUUCAUGCGUAACGUUUACACCGUGCUUGCAUACGAACCCUCACCCUUUAACGUGUCUGUCUACACUGGAAUCCGUCCAACACUUGGACUCAUGGGACUUACAAAUAUAACCCAAGCACUUGAUGAGUUCAACAACGUCCGCGUCCUCAAUCAACCGCUCGGCGGUUCGCCGCCACAACAGACAUCCUCUUCAAAUGACACAAAGCUGUCGGUGGGCCUUGAAGUACUCAUCGGUCUCAUCGGUUUCUUUGCAUUAUGCUUCACACUUUUCGGGCUGAAAUGGUUUAUGACCCGGCGGCAGUGGAAGAAACAGGGAAUGGUAGACACGGAUGGGGGGAAGAAAGGCGAAGGCGAAUAUAUGGCCUAUCAGCUUACGAGGCGAAACUCGCGGUCAAGCGAUGAUGCUCCUCCCGUCAGUACUCUCCGGACGCUCGCGUACAACUCAUACGCUACGAGGAAAGAGAAAGUGUCCGAGUAUACUUUUGACUCAAACGGGACGCGUGUUGAGCCAGAUCCAGUCGAAGAGUUUGGACAAUGGAAGGCCAAAUACGAUCAUUCGCCUCCGUCGAUAUUCGAACUGAGCGAUCCGUGGGAUCCUCAUGCUGGAAAUCGAGAUACGAUUGUAGGCACUGAAGCGCCUUUGCCUGAUACUCCUUCCUCCCCUGAUCUUUCGGCUACCAUCCAUCGACGAACUCCGGAUGAAAUCAGUCGUUUGCCGGAAAGCAUAUCUGUUCCCUUGCUCACAGACCGGCAUCGCCGAAGAAGCAGCUCGCAGAGCAGUGAUAGCGACGUCGCGGAAGUUGGUGUAGGCAUGGCAGGCGUUGGCACCCUUGCACGCGGGAGCCAAAUCAUUGGUGAUAUGCGUCACCACCCGUCUCGGGGCGAUAACGCUGACAGGAACUCGACGUCCUUGGGUUCGCGUAAUGACAUCAUCACUCCCUCAUGGCGAUAUCGGGCAUCGCACGAACAUCCUGAUACUUUUGAUGUUGUCGAUAUCCAUUGA